CAAAUUAUAACAGAUACAGCUACGAUAGGAACCGAACAACACCAAGUCCUCCAAAGCCUUGGAGAUCUUCAGCUGUUGGUCAAUCAGAAAACAGUAAAGAAGAGAGAUCAAGGGAAAGUACGGAAAACAGAACAAACCAAUGCGUACAAGGGACAGGCCGAAGGGGAUCUCUGCAGCUUUGGCAAUUCUUGGUAGCCCUUCUGGACACGCCUGACGCAUCGGCUGGUUGCAUCGCCUGGACUGGAAGAGGAAUGGAAUUCAAAUUAAUCGAACCAGAAGAGGUUGCUAGACGCUGGGGCGCUCAGAAGAACAGACCAGCAAUGAACUAUGACAAGCUGAGCAGAUCUCUUCGGUAUUACUACGAGAAAGGCAUCAUGCAGAAGGUGGCCGGAGAGAGAUACGUGUACAAAUUCGUGUGCGAUCCGGAAGCCCUCUUCAACAUGGCCUACGGAUCGGCUCAGCACACGAGCGAAUCCCGUAACCGGUCGGAAACGGCCUCCAAGAGCGAACCCCAUCACAUAGCCACCUACACAGACAUGCUCAACCUCUACAACUGCGGUAUCGGACAUCCGUACCACAAUCUGCAUUACCUUCAGGACCCCACCAAGCACACAAGAUACCCGUAAUACUUCGAGCGCGCACUCGUUUUCCGUUUCUUCAAUUUUAAAAACAAAUCUGUGAUUAUUCUACCAUUUAAGUUUAUUUCUUUAAAACAAAAAAAAUAAUUAAUAAUAAUUAAAUUAAAAUAAACACAUGUAUGUUUUCGAUCGAGUGUAGAACAAUUAGAAAACGCAAAAAGAAAGUAUUUAUAAUUCCAAAUAUGUUUGUAUUUAAAGUGUAAAAACGAGAA